UGCAUAUCCAAAGUAGUAAGCUUAUACUCGCAAUAAAUACUGAUACAAUUAUUCCGUCACUCCAAAAUUGAAGAGGAACUGAUAAAGAGAGAAAUGCUACUCUAAUUCAAGACAUAUGAUGGUAUGCAUAGAUUUUUAUUUUACCAGUGGAAAAGAAAACUGGUUAGUGAGUACUUGAGCUGAAUGUUGUAACAUUGCUUGUGUUAAACCUGAACAACAGUGCUGUGCUUAAGAUGAGUUUUUGAAGGCAAUGCCAAAUACAUAAAUAUAAUUUUAAUUACAAUUUGAUAAAUGCGGAGAUGAAGCUGUUAUAUUACCUUUUUCUUUUGGUGCUGGUUUCAUCUGUAACAUCGCAAUCAGGUGUUUGUUCCUUACCUGUGGAUCGUAGCUACUGCGGCUCAGUAAGCCCUGAGUUGAGAUAUUAUUACGACCGCUUGUAUGCAAAAUGUAUUCCAUUUCCUUAUUAUUGUGAUGGAAAUGAAAACAACUUUGAAACAAUCUCUGACUGCCAGGCAUCAUGCUUAGGGAAUACAUCGAAAGCCUGUGACAGUUCUCCUUGUCUGAGUGAAGAAUUUUGUUUUGAUAAUGCAGCUGGUGGAUUCUGUUGUGCUCCUGGAAGAAAACGAAGAGCUGUAAAAGAUCAAUGUAUUAUCAAUUGGUGUUAUAAUGGUGCCAGAUGCUUUCAAGUGGAUUCAUGUCAACAUUAUGUGUGUGCAUGUGCGAUAGGCUACACUGGCGAUGCAUGUGCCCGGGUGCAACGUGCUUGUGAUAGCCACCUUUGCCAGAAUGGUGGUACGUGUGAUGCUGAUUCCUAUAAUUCUUACACCUGUAUCUGUCCACCGUGCUACACUGGUUAUUUCUGUGAAACAUCAACCAGUGUAUGUUUCAACCACCACUGUCAGAAUGGAGGUGUUUGUAUUCCGGAUAGUGGCUCAUGUACAACUUACUCUUGCUCCUGUCCUGGCUGCUUUACAGGAACCUAUUGUCAAGAACAAAUCGAUGCUUGUUCCAACCACCUAUGUCAGAAUGAAGCUGUUUGCAGCACUGUGGACAGUGGUACAUGUACAACUUACUCUUGCAUCUGCUCUGGGUGCUUUACUGGAACGUAUUGUGAUACAGCAAUCAACCGUUGUUCCAACCACCGCUGUCAAAAUGGAGGUCUUUGUUUUCUUGACAGUUCAUGUACAACUUUUUAUUGUUCCUGCUCUGCAUGCUUUACUGGAACUUACUGUGAAAGAGCUGAGAAUGGUUGCUAUGUCAAUCUGUGUCUAAAUGGAGGUGUUUGUAAUACUGUUUAUGGUUCCUGCUCAGCCUUCACCUGUGUCUGCCCCACAGGCUACUCAGGACAAUUAUGUGGAACAGCGUCGUGUGAAGUUUUUGGUGAUUAUGAACCUUGCAACAGUAGAGGGCAGUGUUCAUAUAUUGAUAGUAAGGCCACUUGCACUUGUCAAGCUGGAUUCUUUGGUUCUCGCUGUGAAAGUAGAUCCACAAGUUCCUGCACAUUUCCAAUGGAGCCCGGUGAUUGUUCAGGGGCAGUAUCACAAAGGCGAUAUUAUUAUGACAUUUUAAGUUCAGCUUGCACUCCAUUUGCAUAUUUUUGUGAUGGGAAUGCCAACAACUUUGAAUCUUUACAGAAAUGUCAAGCACACUGUGAAGAACCAUUCAAAGUUUGUGAAUCCACUUGUGGGAAUGGUGGUAGAUGUAUUCCUGAUGCAUCCUCUGUUAGUUGUUUCUGUCCAGAAUGCCUCACAGGAACUAAUUGUUCAAGAAAAUUAUUCUGCAUGCAAGCUUCGCUCGGGGGCUCAACUUACUGA